AUGGUGGUAAAAGUGUACAUUAGCACACUGUCUGGAAAUCUGAAGGUGAAGAAGGAACAGGCUUUAAUACUGUCACUGUUAAGUUCUAAAAAGGUUGAGUUUGAAGAAGUCGAUCUAUCAGAUGCUUCGAGGGAGUCAGAAAAACUUACGUUGUUUGAAGAGUUAAAGAAAAAAGAGAAAUCACUUGUUCCACCACAUAUUUUUCAGGAUGAGGAGUACCUUGGAGGUUAUGAAGAAUUUUACGAGGCUUUGGAAAUGGAGGAACUUGAAUCAUUCCUAAAGCUCCCUGGCGACAAACCUAAACCGUUUAGAGCGUUAGUAAAUGACAAUGACGGUGAGGAUGAAAAUGGUGAUGCAGAUUCUGAAAGUGAAAAGUCUGAGAAAUCUACCAGUGACAAGUCUGACGUGUCUGCAGCAAAAGGUAAUGCCACUUCAGAGGAUGAAAAUCACAGCGAUAAGGAAGAACCAGGUGAGAAAAAUGACAAGGAAAACGAAGUCGAAGGCAAGGAAACCUCCAAUGCUCCAGAGAAUGCAAAGGAUGUUGAAAACCCAGAGAUUGAAACUGCCGAAGAGAGUGAAUGCGUAAAACAAGAAUCAGCAACAGUUGAAAGUGAAGCAAAGAAUGCAGAGCACUCUGAUGAAGAAAGUUCGGAAGACUCGUCCGAGGAAUCUAAAAGUAAGGGGUCAGAGACAGAGUCUGACAGUGGCUCAUCAGCUAGUGUGCAUAAGUCUUCUGAAGAUUCGUCAUCUGCGGGCUCAAAGACCAAACAGUCUGUAAUGAAGUCUGAUAGCGAUUCGUCAAAGUCAUCAGAAAGCAAGGAACCAGAUGUUAAGAAGCAGAGUGAAGAAGUACUGUCAAAAGACACAAAGGCGAAAGAGUCCGAAACGGAGUCCGAUGAUGACUCAUCAGAAUCAUCAGAAGGCGAAAACGCAGACGCUAAAAAAGAAAGUGAAAAAUCAAAAUCGAAAGAUUCGACCUCCAGCGAGUCUGAAUCAAAUUCUGAUGAGUCUCAAUAAAUAAUUUUGUUUCAUUUUGAUACAAAGAUGGUAGUGCAUCAGUAGUUGGUGCAUAAUUUAUUGAUGUUUUAUGUAUGUUCUCAUUCUCCUAAAAUCGUUUUGAUUGC